AUGGAUCCUAGUGCCUCAACCCUCAUUCUUUGUUCUCCAUUUGACGUCAAAAAUGAUAAAGAACGUGGGCUACUAUCCCUUCUGCAAAAACAAACAAACUUGCCAACAAGAUUCCUAUGGCCUCAUCAGGACUUAGUUUAUACUCAAGACGAACUCAAAGAGCCACCCAUAGACCUAAAGGGAUUCUUGGAUGGUGAUGAACAAGCAACCAUUCGUGCAGCUUCACAAAUUAGGGCAGCUUGUUUAAACCACGGAUUCUUCCAAGUUAUCAACCAUGCUGUGGAUAUUAACGUGAUUCAGGCUGCACAUGAUGAGAUGGAAGCCUUCUUCAAGCUUCAGAUGAUCCGCAAGGUACUAGCUAAACGAAAGCCAGGUAGUGUCUGGGGUUAUUCGGUUGCUCAUUCUGAUCGAUAUUCGUCAAAAUUGCCAUGGAAGGAAACAUUUUCAUUUGGAUAUGAUUAUGUAAAUGGCCCAGAAAUUGAUCUGGUUAACUAUUUCAAAUCUAUUCUGGGGAAGGAUUUUGAAGAGGCAGGGUAUGUUUUGCACAAAUAUUGUGAGGCGAUGAAAAAAUUGUCUCUGGCAAUCUUGGGACUGCUGUCAAUUAGCUUGGGACUUGACGGAUCAUACUAUAGGAAAUUUUUCGAAGAUGGUUGUUCAAUAAUGAGGUUCAAUAACUAUCCACCAUGCAACCAAGCUGGCCUAACCUUUGGCACUGGUCCUCAUUGUGAUCCAAAUUCCAUAACAAUACUCCAUCAAGAUCAAGUUGGAGGACUCGAAGUUUUUGCAAAUAACAAAUGGCAAGCUAUCAGGCCACGCCCAAAUGCCUUCGUUGUUAACAUUGGAGAUACAUUCAUGGCAUUAUCUAAUGGUAGAUACAAGAGUUGCCUACAUAGAGCAGUGGUGAACAAGGAGAAAGCAAGGAGAUCGUUGGUGUUUUUCGUAAGCCCGAAAGAGGACAAGGUGGUGAGGCCACCGGAGGAUCUUCGCGAGACAAGGAAGUACCCUGAUUUCACAUGGUCGGAAUUGCAAGAAUUCACCCAAAACCACUACAGGGCAGAUGCCACAACACUCCAAACCUUUAUCGACAGGUUUCUAUCCAAGAAAACGCACCCCACAGGAAAAUAA